UCGAAUUUUUCCAUCAAAUUGUCACAUAAAAAUGAAAUGUUUUGUGUUCUUUCUAGUGGUUUCCAAAUUAAAUUUUCCAAAUGUAUGUGUAGGUGAAAUUUUUCCACCUUUACUAGUGAAUAUGGUUCGUCGAGCAACAUUGGAUGAGCAAAAGCAGCCGGGAUUGCUUCCGACCGCCGACGACAUAUUUCAGAUGGGAAAAAAUCUUUUCGGUCGCUAUCCAUUCGAAAUGGUUUACUCGGCAAUUCAUGAAUUUUGCACCGACGAACUAUCAAAACGAAGAGCGCAACCAAUGCUUUUCUACAAACCAAAUAUGGCCGAAAUGAAUUACGUUCUUAAAUUAAAAGACCAAAAUAUUUUUGUGCCUUUGAAUGAACCGCACAAAUUAUACAAUUUGAAAGAAUUUAAUGCGGAGCUACCACUCACUAUAAUGAUCACGGGUUGGACAACGAAUGCAAACAAACCGUCAAAUUUAGCAUUAGACAUUGUUUAUGCAGCGUAUCGGUGUAGAGGAAAUUUUAAUUUUGUGAGUAUUGAUACAGGGCGUUUUAUUGAUACCUUGUACACAUGGAGUGCAGUCAAUACGGAAGAGAUCGGAAAAAUUAUAGCUGAAUCGUUGAAAUACUUUGUGAAAAGUUAUCCCAUUGAAAAUAUCCAUAUUAUCGGUCACUCGUUGGGUUCGCAUAUUGCAGGUUCAGUAGGUCGACAUUUGAGAAGAAAUGUGGGCAAAUCGUUGCCACGGAUUACGGCGUUGGACCCGGCUAAUCCAUGCUUUAAUACGGAAAAAGAUCUAACCGGUUUGACUCGGUAUGAUGCUUCUCAUGUCGAUGUGAUCCACACAAACCCCGGAGGGCUUGGCAAGAGGGAGAACAUAGGCGAUGCCGAUUUUUAUCCAACGGGCUUACAUCCGCAUCCAGCCGGUUGUUUUACUAUGGUGUGUGCACAUUUACGGGCACCAGAGUAUUAUGCCGAGACUGUUUAUCCCGGCAAUGAGAAAAAUUUUCUUGCCGUCGAAUGUGGCUCUUUGUUAACAAUGAAUACGCACUAUUGCUCAAAACGUGAGUAUGCAAUGGGUUUUGCAACACCGCAAAACAUUGAAGGAGUUUUCUUUUUGAGCACAAACGAAAAUAGCCCAUACGGACUGAAUGCGACAAAAGACUUUACACCAGUUUGCAACGAAUGA